AUGGCGAAAACUACUACCCUCAAGGACUUCGAAUCCGUCUUCCCAAAGCUGGUUGAGGAUCUGCUUAGCCAUGCUAAGCACUACAACCUCCCAGAAGCUUUCGUCGAAUGGUACAAAGCUUCUCUCAAUGCCAAUACCAUCGGCGGAAAAUGCAACCGCGGAAUGUCUGUACCCGAUUCAGUCUCCCUCCUCCUCGAAGCACCCCUCACCGAAGAACAAUAUUUCCAGGCCGCAACAUUGGGAUGGAUGACCGAGCUCCUGCAGGCUUUCUUUUUGGUCUCCGACGAUAUCAUGGACAGCAGCAUCACUCGACGAGGUGCGCCAUGCUGGUACCGUCAGCCGCACGUUGGAAUGGUUGCAAUAAAUGACGCUUUCAUGCUCGAAUCCGCCAUCUACACCCUCCUCAAGAAGUACUUCAAGACUCAUCCGUCAUACGUCGACCUCAUUGAGCUGUUCCACGAAGUGACUUUCCAAACCGAGAUCGGUCAAUUGUGUGAUUUACUCACCGCGCCAGAAGACAAGAUCGACCUAGACAACUUCUCACUGGAGAAAUACCAAUUCAUUGUCAUUUACAAGACAGCAUACUACUCCUUCUACCUACCUGUCGCCCUCGCUCUCUACCACCAAAACAUCGCCACACCAAAGAACCUCAAACAAGCAGAAGACAUCCUGAUUCCUCUUGGCGAAUACUUCCAGAUCCAGGAUGACUAUCUAGAUAACUUUGGCCUCCCAGAACAUAUCGGCAAGAUCGGCACGGAUAUUAUGGAUAAUAAGUGCUCGUGGCUGGUCAACAAGGCUCUUGCGAUCGUGACUCCAGAGCAAAGGAAGGUGUUGGAGGACAACUACGGACGCAAGAACAAGGAGAAUGAGGCUGCUGUUAAAAAGCUCUUUGACGAGUUGAAACUGGAGCAGAUCUACAAGGAUUACGAGGAGAAGCGUGUUGGUGAGAUCAGAAAGAUGAUUGCUGAGGUUGAUGAGUCUGAGGGUUUGAAAAGAACUGUCUUUGAGAGCUUCUUGGCGAAGAUCUACAAGCGAAGCAAGUAA